AUGGCUGGAGGUAAUACUCGUGAAAGAGUUUCCCGUUUGGAAGAGUUCGUGGGUUUUCCUACAGAAAUAGAGGUACAAGAUGGUGCAGAGAGCCUUGUUGUUCGAAUUGAAAACUUGGCUUCUGAAGCGGAGAUCUUGAAGACUGAUCCUGAUGGGUUUGGUGACUUCAUGCAGGCCACCAAUGAGCAAUUGACCCGUAUCUCUGAAGAUGUUGAGUCGCUGACUGACGUCUUCAAGAAGAACCUGAAAGACCUUGAAGAUGAAGUGUCCUUAGUGAAGAGGGCCAUUCAUGGGAGUUCCAGAGGCGGUGGUGAUCAUCUUUCGCAGAAGAUCAAGGUGCCGGAUCCCAAGUCUUUCAGUGGUACCCGAAAUGCCAAAGAGUUGGAGAAUUUCCUAUGGGACAUGGAGCAGUACUUCAAGGCUGCUCGGAUCCCUGAUGGCGAGAAGGUGACCAUUACAAGCAUGUAUCUGUCUGGUGAUGCAAAGCUAUGGUGGCGCACACGGACAGAGGACGAUGCUUCUGCGAGUAGGCCUCGGAUUGAAGUUUGGGAGACCCUCAAGAAGGAAUUGAAGGACCAGUUCUUGCCCCAGAACACUGCAUGGAUUGCAAGGGAAUCUCUGAAGAAAUUGAAGCACACAGGUACCGUUCGUGACUAUGUGAAGGACUUUAGUUCCUUGAUGCUGGACAUUCGAAAUAUGUCAGAGGAGGACAAGCUGUUCAAUUUCAUGUCCGGAUUGCAACCAUGGGCUCAGGCAGAACUCCGUAGGCAAGGUGUGAGGGACCUUCCUACUGCCAUGACAGCGGCAGAUUGUCUUGUAGAUUUCAAGAUGACUGGGUCUACUACACAAGACAAGAAGAAGUCCAAGAAGGGGAAGAAAGACAAAGGCCAGUCCUUCAGGUUCAAGGACAAAAAGAAGGAUAAAGGCGGUGGCUUUGUCAAGGCCAAGACAGAUUACAAUAACAAAGGGAGUAGUAGUGGGACUAAGCCCAACUACGGUUGUUUCAUCUGUAAUGGUCCCCAUCGUGUUAGGGACUGUCCCAAGAGGGAGAAGCUGAGUGCUAUCGUCGCUGAUUCAAAAGGAGACUCAGACUCGGAAUCUGGUCCAACCCGAGUUAAUCCUCUGCAAAUGUUGAAUGCUCUUACUGAAGAACAGUCCAUGGAGUUGAAAGGGCUCAUGUUCAUUCAGGUGACGCUGAACGGCAAGGAAGUUUUGGCAAUGGUGGACACGGGGGCCACUCAUAACUUCAUUGCGCAGAGGGAAGUAAGUAACUUUAAUUUAAAAUUAAUUCCACAAGCUAAUAAGAUGAAAGCUGUGAAUUCUGAAGCCAAGCCUGUUUUAGGCAUGGCCACCACUUCUAUGAAAGUUGGUUAUUGGGAGGGCGUAAUUAGUUUUAUGGCUGUUUCCUUAGAUGAUUUUGAUCUAAUUCUUGGAAUUGAGUUUCUUACGAAAGCCAGAGUAGUAGUUGUGCCAUAUUUGGGAGGAAUUUUUAUUUGGGACAGGAGUUGUCCAUGUUUUAUUCCAUCAGUGGCUCUUUAUGGGCACCAAAAGAAGGAAGAUCGUAAAUAUGGCUGUAUCGAAAUAAUCUCUGCAUUGCAAGUGAAAACAGGUUUGAAGAGGGGAGACUCUACCUUUCUUGCAGCAAUGAUAGAGAUCAAACCGGACCAGUUUGUUGAAGUUCCGGAUUCUGUUGCUGAAAUUCUAGAGGAAUUUGCAGAAGUUAUGCCACCAGAACUACCCAAGCAAUUGCCCCCUCGACGUGCUGUUGAUCACAAGAUAGAGUUGGAGCCGGGUGCAAGGGCUCCUGCUCAGGCCCCAUACCGGAUGGCGCCUUCAGAACUGGCUGAACUGCGUAGACAGUUGGAUGAGUUGCUGGAGUCUGGCUAUAUUCAACCAUCCAAGGCACCGUAUAGCGCGCCAGUGUUGUUCCAAAGGAAGCAGGAUGGCUCAAUGCGGAUGUGUGUGGACUAUAGGGCUCUGAAUAAAGUGACUGUGAAGAACAAGUAUCCAGUGCCCAAUGCCGCUGAUUUAUUUGACAGGUUGUCAAGGGCAUCCUACUUUACUAAGCUGGAUUUACGUGCAGGCUACUGGCAGGUGCGUAUAGCAGAAGGAGAUGAACCCAAAACUGCAUGUGUAACUCGUUAUGGGUCUUAUGAAUUUCUUGAGAAGUGUGAGUUUUGUCGCCAAGAAGUGAUGUUUUUGGGGCAUUGGAUCAGUAAGGGCCAUGUCAGAAUGGAUGAGAGAAAGGUGAAAGCCAUCCUUGAUUGGUCUGCACCUACCAAAGUGACAGAGUUGAGAUCUUUUCUAGGGUUGGCAAACUACUACAGAAAGUUUAUAAAGGGGUAUUCCAAGAAGGUUAGUCCUUUAACGAACUUGCUAAAGAAGGACAAACAGUGGGUUUGGUCUGAGGAGUGCCAGAAUGCUUUUGAGAUGCUUAAGCAGGCAGUGUCUACAGAACCGGUCUUGAGACUGCCUAACUUUGGUUUGCCAUUUGAAGUGCAUACUGAUGCCUCUGAUAGAGCAAUUGGUGGGGUUCUAGUCCAAGAAGGACACCCAUGUGCCUUUGAAAGCAGGAAGCUUAAGGAUGCUGAACAGAGGUAUACAACUCACGAGAAGGAGAUGACUGCAGUGAUAUAUUUGGUGACUGAUAAUGUGGCCAAUACCUACUUCAAGACACAGAAAAAGCUUACUCCAAAGCAAGCUCGUUGGCAAGAGUUUCUUGGGGAGUUCAAUUUUGUGUGGGUUCACAGACCUGGAAAGCAGAAUCAGGUUGCUGAUGCCUUGAGUAGGAAAGAAGUGCAGGAGUAUGUGGCGUCGUUGACAACGGUGUAUACUGAUUUCCUUGACAUAAUCAAAGAGCAAUCUCAGUCCGACAAUGCCUAUCAAAAACUAAAGCAACAGGUUACUGAUGGUGAAGUUAGAAAGUACUGGAUUGAAGAUAAUCUACUCUACGCCAGAGGAAGUAGAUUAUAUGUUCUUGUUGGAGGUUUGAGACGGGAACUAAUGCGGGAAAUGUAUGAUCCUCAGUGGGCUGGACAUCCAGGGGUGGAUAGAAUGCUGGCGUUGAUAUCCAGAUCAUAUUAUUGCCCCAAGAUGGAGGAUGACAUAGAGUUAUAUGUCAAGACUUGCUUGGUCUGUCAGAAAGACAAGCAUGAGAGGAAGAAGUAG